AUGACUUUCCCGUAUGAAGCUUUCCAGCUGGAAGAGGUUGCUCCCUUGGCGUGGCAAAGACACCUCGUCCUUGCCAAUUGCAGUGUGGCCCUCCCCUACGCCAACCGAGCCUUUGCCGAGGGCCAUCCAUCGCUACAAGAAAUGGCUUCAGAUCGCUACGUAUCAGGGGUAUGGUCUCGUUUGAAAGGGAGAUCUACGCAUUGCCCUUACGCCCUUACCUUCCUCCUGCCACAGGGCACAUCGGUCGUACCCUCUGGACCAAACCAGUGGACGGAUGCCCCAUCCUACCCAGAGUCCGUCCACGCAUGGGCGUACCCGGUGCACGUCGUCUCUGUUGGCGACUACACAUCUCUUCAGUGGAUGCUGCCAACUGGGGGGAUCGUCUACCCAGCAGCACAGGUGAUGUGUGGUCUGUCAAGCGCCCAGGAGAGUCCGGCGGCCCCAUACUAUCCGCCACCCGAUUGCACACCUCCACACGCGGGGUUUACUACGGGAGCAGCAGUCGACAUCCUCACCCUACGGACGCGCGCCAUCGUCUGUGAUACGCCGCUGCACAUGCCUACGCCGCGGAGGGUUACAAUCAAUGGGUCCCUGGCAAGGCUCGUACCAUCCCGGCCGCGAUGGCGGCCGACCCCAGCGGAGCUGGAGGACAAAUUCACGGGUGCGGCAGCGGUCUCCACCCCAGCAUCCGAUCACCCACCAAGCGCUGAGGGUUGCUUCGAGGGCAUUGCCCUCAACAAGACAACUCUGAAAUCAAGAACGCCGAUUCAUAGGAAUUGUCCUGUGAACGGUGACAUUCCCGAGGCUAUCAAAGUGUCUGUCCAAGAGCCCGCCCCCAAGCAACCUAAGCGGGCUCGAGCGCCAAAGAAAGCUCGCGGACAGACCGAGUAUGGCACCACAAAGUAUAAUUGCGAUGAAUGCCUGAUCGGGUUUCGACGCCCUCACGAACAGAAGCGUCAUAUGCGUGAAACGAUCGCGCAUUCUCGGCCCACCAAGCGAUGCGACGCUUGCGGGAACAAGUACUUGCGCACAGACGCGCUGAGAGCGCACAAGAGGAGCAAGCACGGUGCGCGGCAGAUCUAG